UUGAAAAAUUCAAAAAAAACAUCAGUUGCAAAAAUAUUAAAUGAUACGGCAAAAGGACUGAAACAUGUUCAUCAGUUUCCGCAUCCAACUCAAGAAGAUUUAAUUUAUGAGCUUUUUAAAUGUUCGAAACGAGAAGGCGAAGUGCUUAGAUCGUUUGGUAUAAGAGAAGAUGAUCCACGCCUGAGGCAAACAAUCGAAAAAAUGCGUGAUUACGAAUCGAAAAUUGAAGAUGAUUGUGAUACGCGACAUUGUUUACUUGAUAAAGAACAAUUCAGAGAGUGUAUUCGACCAAGUAUAAAUCUCAUAUCGCAAGCACUUCGCAAUGAUCUUAUAAUUCCAUGUUGGGGAGAAUUUACUGGUAAAAUUCGAGAAAUAUACGAAGAGUGUCGAGAACUACAUGAUGGUAAUGUUGCAACUUAUAUUCCACAAUUGGCUCGUCAAGAUCCAAAUAAAUGGGGAGUUUCUAUAUGUACGAUUGAUGGGCAGCGUAUUUCAUUUGGUGAUUCGAAACAUCACUUUUGUUUUCAGUCUAUUUCUAAAGCUUUUAAUUAUGCGAUACUUGCAUCGGAUGUUGGUGCGGAUUAUGUGCAUGAUUUCGUUGGGCAUGAACCAUCUGGAAGAUUAUUUAAUGAAAUUUGUCUCGAUUGUAAUGGAAAACCGCAUAAUCCUUUAAUUAAUGCUGGAGCAAUAGUGGUGACUUCUUUAUUAAAAAGUCAGUAUGAAAUGGCUGAUCGUUAUGAUUUUGUCCUAAAUGAAUAUAAAAAAUUGGCUGGAGGUGGUUACGUGGGCUUCAAUAAUUCAACAUUCUUAUCGGAACGUGAUAACGCUAAUCGCAAUUACGCUUUAUCGUAUUAUAUGAAAGAAAAUAAUUGUUUUCCUCCAUCAAUCAAAUCGUUGAGGGAAGAACUGGAUUUCUAUUUCCAACUUUGUUCGCUUGAAACAAAUUGCGAGAGUGCGGCAGUCAUGGCUGCAACUCUUGCUAAUGGAGGGGUUUGUCCAUUAACAAAUGAGAAAUGUAUCAGCGCCAGACCAUGUCGUGAUAUAUUAUCACUAAUGUAUUCUUGCGGAAUGUACGAUUACAGUGGUCAGUUCGCUUUUCAGGUUGGCUUACCAGCUAAAUCUGGCGUAUCUGGGGCUAUGAUUGUUGUUGUUCCUAAUUUGAUGGGUAUUUGUCUGUGGUCGCCUCCUCUCGAUAGAAUGGGUAAUACGCAUAGAGGUGUAGCUUUUUGUAAGAAACUGAUUGAUAAAUUUAACUUUCAUAAUUACGAUAGUUUAUUGCAUGCGGAUAUUAAAAAAAUCGACCCUCGAAGGAAAGCAGCGCAGAAUGAAUCAGAACUUAUUGUUGAAUUAAUGUUUGCUACGAAGAAAGGCGAUUUGGAUUCAAUUCGGCGAAUGUUUCUUGGUGGAAUCGAUUUGAAUAUGCGUGAUUAUGACGGUCGUACUGCAUUGCAUCUCGCUGCAUGUGAGGGGCAUGAAAAAAUUGUUGAUUUUUUUAUCAAAAGAGCGUUUGUAGAUCUCGAGCCGAAAGACAGGUGGGGAAGAUCACCUUAUGAUGACGCGAAAUCUUUUGGCUUUAAUAAUAUCGCAGAAAAAAUUAGUGAAGCAGUUAAAGAGAUGAAGAAUCUUCCGUUAAAUAUUAGGUUUGUAGGCAUAGUUUCCUUUUUUUUUUCAAAUGGAACUAAACCAUUUUAA